AUGUGCAUUGUAAAAAGGCUGGGGAAGGUUAUCACCCCUGAUCCAUGGAAGUCAGGUGCCAGAAAAACAACAGAAAGUGGUGGAAGAGUGGUGAAUGAAAACAAAGCCCUUACAUCAAAGAAAAACAGGUUUUCUCCAUACCAGACAUUUGCCAAAUGCAGGAUCUGUAAGUCCUCUGUCCAUCAAGCCGGUUCACAUUACUGUCAAGGAUGUGCUUACAAGAAAGGUAUGAUAUUAAAUUUUUUUUGUUUUUCUCCUUUAAAAGUGAUAAGAAUC